GCUUUAAAAAUGAGAGUUUUCUUUGACAGCGAAGCAACACGUGGCUUUGGGGGCACAUUAAAUACUGUGGCAACUUGUGGAUUCACUUACAGCCUUCCGGCAGCUCUGCACGGGAGCGGUAAUAGGGCGCUCCCAAGUUUCUGAUGCCAACAAGUUGUUUAGUCGGAGCCUCCACUCGCAGCACAUCGUCAUGUUGGAUAAAUUUGGGCCGCAGAGCGCCGGUGUACCCGUCUCCAGCGCGGACCUCCAGCUCAAACUGACGGACAACAAGAGCAGCCUGGCCGCAACAGGGAUGGGGAUGGAGAACGGAACUGGGAAGAAACUCCUAGAGAUAACUGGACCGGCUUUAUCUAAGAGAAAACUUCUGGUCGGCUUAGACCUGCUCUGCCUCUUCCUAGCUUCAAUCCCUUUCUUUGCGUGUGAGCUGAAGGCAGUGAGUCCGUACAAAAGGGGCUUCAUGUGCGGGGACCCCAGCAUAACCUAUCCUUAUCUGCACCAAGAGGCCAUAUCAGAUGAAUUACUCAUCGCAGGUGGCAUCAUCAUCACCGGCCUCACUAUCGCCCUUGGGGAGUGUUACCGGGUUCGUUUCAGAGGCGUCAGCUCCAAGGCCUUUGUCAGGAACCUGUAUGUGUCCUCUUUGUACAAGGAACUGGGCUGCUUCCUGUUCGGCUGCUGUGUUGGCCAGUCACUGACCAACAUGGCCAAGUUGAGUGUUGGGCGACUGCGACCGCACUUCCUGUCUGUGUGCGGUGUCACUUAUGCGUCGCUUAACUGCACACCUGGAACCUAUGUUGCAACAGUGAACUGCCGCCAGCCUGACCACCGGUUGGAGGAAGAGGCCAGGAAGUCCUUCUUCUCUGGCCACGCUUCCUUUGCGAUGUACACAAUGCUCUAUUUAGCAUUUUACCUGCAGGCACGGUUGACAUGGCGUGGGGCUCGGCUGCUGAGGCCAGCACUACAGUUCUUCCUGGUCCUGCUGGCAGUCUACACAGGUCUGACCCGCAUCUCAGAUUAUAGGCACCACCCGUCCGACGUGCUAACAGGCUACAUACAGGGAGCCCUCACUGCUUACUGGGUGGCCCUCCACAUCUCGUCCAUGUUUAAAAGCUCAAGUUCAGAUCUGUCUCCAACCGAGACCCUGGAUAGCCCCUUGUCCCCCUUGUCACCCCACCAUACUGUCUGCUGAAGUUCACCUCCACCAACCACUGCCUGUAGUCUGGUUUGAAUAGACAAGAGAUUUGAAGAAUGUGAGACCAUUUCCUGUGAAGUCAAACCACAUACCUCAGUAUUCGGACCAAGUGUGAGAAAGAGAGA